AUGAAACAGUUUGGCAAUGAUUCUGGGUAUGGAAGUGAGGUUUCUGAAUGCACUUCAGAAAUACCUCAACUGAGCAAAUCUCCUAUAAUAAAAGAAAGUUUCCAGCCUAAAGAAGAUCGACUGCCUGAUUGCAUUCCACUUGUUAAAUCUGGUCAUAGCCUUGAACCUGAUAUGCUCUUCGGGUAACUUCUAACUAGAUGACGGCCAACUUCAAUCUUACAAAACGGUCCAAUUCCUUUAUGUUUUACCCUAGACAAAAUUUCAACACAAACUGCGAUUUUCUAUGGAUUUCGCCCUCAAGACUCCCUUGAGCUUCAUGAGUGCUACUCAAGCCCAGAAACUUAUAAAUUCACAAUAAAUCCAGUUCUGCGACAUGCAUGAAACUCCAUCAAAAAACUUGGCCCAGCCAACAACGCCCAACCUUUUAAAGGAAUGAAAGAAGGUCUAGACAUAAAAGAUUUGAUUUUUUCCUCAUGUUUUGAAAGCGGAAACUUAGAUAAAGUUGUUAAGGUCAAAGAUGAUGAAUACGAUUUAUAUUUAAGAACUGACUCAAACUCAUACGGACAUAAUUGAUGAUACUAUUUUAAAGUAGAGAACAAAUGAGGUGAGAGAGAAAUUAAAUUCAACAUAGUAAAUUUUUCAAAAAAGAGCAGCCUGUAUAGUCAAGGAAUGCUACCAUGCAUUUUUGAUGCACGUAACCCUAAUAAAGGAUGACUAAAAGGGGGUUAUAAAGUUACUUAUACACAAAGCAAAAUAAAUCAGCCACAAUCGCGAAGAAUAUAUUAUUCUUUAUCAUUUUUUUAUCAAUUCAAGGAAAAUGACUCUAUUUAUUUUGCUUAUUCAAUCCCUUAUAAAUAUUCAAGGCUCUGCAAAUUUUUAAAGGACUUGGAAAAGUCAAAUUUAGUCAAAAACGAAAUUUUGUGUAAAAGUUUAAGUGGAGUUGAUGUUCCAAUUUUGACUAUUACGGAUUUUUCGCAAAAUAUUAAGCCUAAGGAGACAGCUUUUCUUACAGCAAGAGUACAUCCUGGAGAAACACAUGGAUCCUGAGUGAUGGAAGGGUUUCUUAAAUUUAUUGUAAGCGACAAUGAGGAGGCUGAAAGAUUGAGGAAAAAAAUUGUAUUUAAAAUAAUUCCUAUGCUUAAUCCUGAUGGAGUUAUAUUAGGAAAUUCAAGAUGCUCGCUUACAGGAGAAGAUUUGAAUCGCCGAUUUCAAAGUCCAGAUCCAAGACUUCACCCAGUGAUUCAUACUUUAAAAAACAUGAUUAAAAAUGAGAAAAUAUCGUUUUACUUUGACUUUCAUGCCCAUUCUACCAAAAAAGGCAUGUUUAUCUAUGGUCCUCACUAUCCACUUCAUUCAGAUAAAUAUAUUAGCAUUAAAGUUCUUCCUAACUCCCCCUUCCAUGAGAGUGAACAAAAAAAUUUUGUUCGCCCAUGGAGGAGGUUAUUUUUUUUUUUAAAAAAAAUUUUGUUUUCGAAAUUUUAAAAAAUUCCUAAUUCGCAAAAAUUGGAAAGCAAAUAUUAAUUUAAUUUAUAAAAUUUAUGUUUUAAAGCGCAAUUUGUUUAAAAUUACACAAAAUUAGCUAUAGAUUUCAUUAUAUAAUAAUUAUCAUUUAUAUAUCAAAUUUUUUUUCAUAAAAAAUUUUUUGUUUGCUCACGGAGGGUAUAGAGGUUUCCUCUAUAUAGCGCUGAAAGCGCAGACAUUUUCCCAGGGAGCUUUCCAAGUUCGUCGGACCGAAUCGCUUUUUGGUCCGACCAAGGCAUUGAUUUGGUGCAACCAACCGAUAAAUUCCGAUCAGAAUUUAUCGGCCUUACAGCGCCAAACAUAGGAAACUUCUAUAGGUUUUUGGGCAAAAAAUAGUGAUUUUUCUAAUGCUUCUCGCUCAAGGAGGGGGAGUAAGCUUUUCAGUGAGAGGACAGAAAUGUUUCGGUACUUUUCAUGCAAAUUUAAAAAUGACUGAUCAAAAAGGAAAGCUGCAAGACUUGUAAUAUGAAAAGAAUUAAAACUGCCAUUUGUAUAUACAAUAGAAACUUCUUCAUACGGAUUUCUAGACUCUGAGAGAAACACAAUACCUUUUUCUGAGGAGCUAUUAUUUUCUUUAGGGAGAAAAUUUUCUGAAUCUUUAUUAGAAUAUAUUGUUAUCCGUAACAAAUUUAUUAAAGAAAAAGAAGCAAAGAAAAACGAAAGACUAAAAAGGAAAAAGCGAGGGAAGAAAGCAAAUGAAAAUAUAGAAAAAUUUACUGCAAGAUCAUUAUUGGAAAUUAUGAAUUGUAUAAAAGAUGAAAAUAUUCAAGAAGAAAAUAAUUCAGAAACAUCAGAAAGUGAAGAUGAAGAAAACCCAGAAUAUGAAGAGCAGCAGAACAAAAUCAACCAAAAAAUCCUAAAAGUGAUGGAAAAAGCUAAAAAUUUGAUGGGAUUUAAAAGAAAAGGCUCCUAUUCAGGAUUGAGGCUAAAUAAAAGAGAAAAUAAUCAUGAUGGCAGAACUUCAAAAGAUAAAUUACCUAAAAAUUUGUCAAAUAUGGCAAGAUCAAGCUCAAAAAUUAAGAAGCAAAGAAAGAUUGAAGAAAUUUCAAACAAAUUUUUGUUAAAUGAAAAACUUAAAAUGAGACCAAUUACAAGCUCAAAGCAGCAGCCAAAAUUUAGAGAAAUUCCUAGAUUAAGACAAAUAAAUGGAAUUCAAUCAAUAAAGCCUAAUGCAGUCGAUAUCAGUUUUAAAAGGAGAUACUUUGUGGAGCAUAUUCCCACCAGAAAAAAGCAUUACACAGAGAAAAACUCUGAAUCUCCUCUUCCAAGAUGUGGUGAUUUCAGUGACAAUGAACAAAAUGAUAUCAAAAAUAACAGAUCUACAGAAAAUUUCAUAAAUAAGCGCAUCUCUUCAAGAUAUGUACCUAGUAUUGGAGAUGAUUCUCCUCUCACAAUUGAAACAAUCACGAGAAGUGUAAAAAGACAAAAAAAAGAGCUUUAG